AUGGCCUUCAAAGAGAAGGCGCCGGCUCCUAUGUCGGAGGAAAGAAGGGCCGCUCGACACACUUACACCCUCGAGGAGACGAACCUUAUUGUCCAUGUUUGGGCAGAGGAGACGAACGAUGUCGUCCGAGGUGUCGAUCAAAAGGGAGAGGCCUAUUGGGGCCGAAUUCUAAAACCGGGUGACGCCCUCCUCAGCGUCACCUUCAAAUCCCGCCAAAGAAAUAGGGACCACUUCGCCCGAGUGGCUGCUGAGGUAAAGUUGUGGGAGAAUGUUUGGAUGGAGGUUUGCGCGAAGUGGCCUUCCGGCCAUUCUGAUGACAUGCUCCAACAGAAGGCCCAAGUUAUCUUCCAAGGUCGUUUUGAAGAGGUUGAGGUCGAGGGUUGUGUCAUAGAGUGCUAUACAGGCGGGUUAGCAUUUGGGAGGUAUGACUUAGAUGUAGACAGGUUAGGCCUCCUGGUAAGGUGCAUAAGAGUGCCACUUGAUGCAUGGAGAGAUGAUGACUAUGUUCCUCAAACCUUAGCUGAAUUACAUGCCUCCAGGGCUGUACCAUCAUCCCCCUCACCUAAUGAAAAUGUUACAACCGAUGUAGAAGCCCCCUUACCAGUGGAUGCUACUGAAGCUUUUGGUGAUGAUGAUGAACUGGAUAAAAUGAUAGAUGAUUAUGAAGGCAGUGAUGGUGAGUGUAAUGAGGAGUCUAGUGAGGAUUCUGAUUAUGUUCAACCAGAGGGUGAUGAUUCUGAUUGUGGCCUCACUGACAUAGACUUAGCUUCAGGAGAUGAAGAAUAUGUUGAGAGUAAGAAAAAAAUGAAGGGUAAGGAUAGGGUUUUCAAUUACAUUGAUGAUGAGGAGAUAACAAUUUUAGGCAAUGAGGAAACAAGUGUUAAUCUGUCUGAUUAUGCAAGUUCAGAUGGUUUUGUGAACUCAUCUGAAAGUGAUGAGGAUGGAGGGGAAGGUACUGGUAAACUAAAAAAGAUUUACUAUAACCCAAAGUGUGAUCAUAGUAAGCUAAAGUUGAAGCUUGGUAUGAGAUUUCAGGAUGGGUGGGAGUGUAGGCAGGCUAUUACAACUUGGGCUAUUGAACAUGGGAGACAUGUCAACUUCAAGAGGGUUUCUGCAAAGAUGUGUGAAGCAUAUUGCAAACCCCCAUGUAAUUGGAGGGUGUACGGUUCUGUAGUUUCUAGGGAUAACCAGUUCUACAUUAAAACUCUGUUGGGUAGACAUAGUUGCACUAAACAUAUGGAAAACCCACUGUUGAGUUCCAAAUGGAUUGCUGAGAGAUACAUUAAUGUAUUCAGGAUAAGGCCAGAUCUUAAAAUUGAAGACUUGAAAAAUGAUAUAUGGGAUAGGUUUACAACAAAAGUGGGGAAAGAUAGGUUGUACAAAGCAAGAUCUAUUGCUAAGCAAUUGGUUAGAGGGUCUGUUGAGGAGCACUAUAAUAUGUUGGGUAGAUAUCUUGCUGAGCUUAGGAGAGUUGACCCUGAUGGAUCAUUUGUAUUGUUACAAGGGGAAGACCACUUAUUCAAGGGGUUGUAUGUGUGUCAUUCUGCCCUUAGGAGGGGGUUUAAAGCUGGAUGUAGACCCAUAGUUGGAUUAGAUGGCUGCCAUUUAAAGACAUAUCUAGGAGGGAUACUCUUAUGUGCUGUAGGAAAAGAUGGGAAUAACCAAAUGUUCCCUAUAGCCUGGGCAGUGGUGGAAAUUGAAAGUGAAGACACGUGGACUUGGUUCUUGAAGCUACUGUGUUAUGAUUUGGAAAUUGGUGAAGGUGGUGGCUGGACCUUUAUUUCAGAUCAGCAAAAGGGCCUUGAAAAUGCCGUGCAAGCCAUAACUCCAUUUGCUGAGCACAGAAAUUGUGCUCGGCAUGUUUAUAUGAAUUGGAAAAAGAGCUUUAAGGGAGCAACUCUGAAAAAUAUGUUCUGGAGAGCUGUGAGAGCAACAACUGUUGCUCAAUACAAGGCUGCACUGUUGGAGAUGAAAAAGGAAGAUGCUUUAGCAUUUGAAGGCUUUGUGUCAAAGGAUGUGAAUAAAUUCUGUAAGGCUUUCCUUACCUUUACAGCAUGCUCAGAUAUGAUAGAUAACAACAUAAGAGGAAAGCAUAUAAUUCACAUGCUAGAAGAGAUAAGAACUUCACUGAUGAGUAGGCAAGUACAAAAGCUUGAUAAAGUGAAAAAUUCAACUGAUGUCAUAUGUCCUGAAAUCAGAAAAAAGUUGGAAAAACUUAGGCACCAAAGUAGGCACUGUAUACCAGCUCCUGCAUUAGGUGGUAAGUUUGAGAUCACUUUAAAUGAAGACAAGUAUGUGGUGUAUGUGGAAGGUAAAGAGUGUGCAUGUAGGGUUUGGCAACUGACAGGGAUACCUUGUGUACAUGCUAUUUGUGCCAUACAAUUCAUGAGUAAGGAUAUUUCUGAUUAUGUGAGCAAGUACUACUCAACUGAGAAGUAUUUAGCAACAUAUGAGUAUAGUUUGGAACCAGUGAAUGGGCCUAAACUGUGGCCAGAGGUUGAGGGCUCUACAGUGAAGCCACCUGCUAUUAGAAGAAUGCCAGGAAGGCCAAAGAUCAAAAGAAAAAGGGCAUUAGAAGAGGAUCCAAAGAGGCCAGGGCAUUUGAGAAGAUUUGGCCAACUCAUGACCUGUCAGAAUUGCCAACAGACAGGACACAACAAAAAAACUUGCAAAAAUGAGAAAGUGGAGAAGGCAACUGAGAAGAGGAAAAGAGGGAGACCCAGGAUAGAAGAGGCAGGCAGAUUAAGAGCUUCGACAAACAAGGAUGGAGCAUCUUCAUCUAAACAAACACCAAGAGAAGAUGGUCCAUCAUCUGAGGCAGCAACUAUAGCUAAAGAGAAGAACUUAUCCAAGAAAGGGAGUGGGGUUUAUGUAAGUCUUCGAAGUGGGAACUAUUAUUACCAAGGAAGAAGAGUGACCACAGUUACAACAUCCUAUUCAAGGAAGAGGCAGGGGCAUGCCAAGUACAAGUACAAGCCAACUGACAGAGGCACCUCGAGGGAGAGGUAG